GAGCUAGUAUCCUCGCUGAGCCUGACCAAAAGUUCAAGAUAGCUGAAAUCGAGAAGAUUCUUCAGAUAUAUGAUUCCGACACUUAUGUCAGUAAAGUAAAAGGCUCUGCUGGAAAGGAAGUUAUACAAAUUAUUUUUUCUGAGAAGGAGUUCACUGGUGACAGUUUAGACGAAGCAAAUUCAUUCCACCAGCAAAUUUCCAAUGAUCCGAGCUUCCAUCUCAAGCAACCACAUUUAUAUGCAUCAGGCACAUACUACGAAGAAGGUGCAAUGACCAAGAAUACAGUAGGGGUAGUUUUUGGUACUCUGCUUGGAGUUUGUUUGGUAUUUGUUGCAGUUUUCUUGGUAUAUUCACCAGACGGUAGAGCGGAAAAUUUGAGAAACAGGAUAGUGAAACUGAGAUAUUUCCCACGACUGAAUUUUGGACCACGCCGAAUGUCAAAUUUUACCUCCCGAUUUUUUGCGAGAUAUGAUAGCGUUGGAGAUGAUGCUGGUCUUAUAUUCGAAGGACGCUCUAUGGCAGGUUCUGUGGUGAGUUUAGAAAAAGCUUUCGAAAAUCCAUUGUAUGGAAAAGAGAAAGAAGUGAUAACUCCAUCAACAUCCACUACCAGUGAUGAUAUUAACUUAUCUUCUGAUAAAGGAAGCAGGUCCGAUGGUGAUACUGAUAAUAAUCUAUUUGUAAUAAAAGAGAAUAACGAAGAAAUAGAAAAUCUUUCUGAUGAAGACGGUGAAUUGGUCGACUUAACUGAUGUUGAAAGAUAAUUUCCUAAUUUUCUAUUUUGUUUUCGAGUUGAAUUUUUCCUACUGUUACUAUUAUAUGUGCUUAUCAGAAUUCAUGUGAUUUUCUGUCAAUAAACUGAUUAAAUAAA